AGCCCACCGCACGCACGCAGCAGGCACCGCUGUUCCUCCAAGGGUGCAGUGAAGCCCCGUAAACCCUAAUUUAUUUUCCCAAUUGCUAAACCCUCAAAAAACACCGAUAAACGUUCUCCUUUUUCUCAUCGUUCUCUUCGCAUUUAUCAGAUUAAUCAGUAAAAAUGCAGCACGAUGAGGUCAUAUGGCAAGUUAUCAGACACAACCAUUGCAGUUUUAUGGCCAAAAUUGAAACUGGGAUAUUCUGUCGAAACCCGUACAACGUGACCGGAACUUGUAAUCGGAGCUCCUGCCCACUCGCUAACAGUCGAUAUGCUACUAUAAGGGAGCAUGAAGGAGUUUUUUAUUUGUAUAUGAAGACCAUAGAAAGGGCACAUAUGCCUAAAAAGUUGUGGGAAAGAGUCAAAUUGCCAAGGAAUUAUGAAAAGGCCCUCGAGAUUAUUGACAAACACUUGAUAUACUGGCCUAAGUUACUGGUGCACAAAACAAAACAGAGAUUAACUAAGAUGACACAGAUGCGGAUACGCAUGAGGAAACUUGCCUUAAAGACAAGAGAGAAAAUUAUGACAGUGCCCACGAAAGAAAAGAAAAGAGAGGCUCGGAGAGAGGAGAAGGCUGAGAAGGCAGCACAAUUGGAUAAUGUUAUUGAAAAGGAGUUGGUUGAACGCCUCGAGCAAGGACUUUAUGGUGAUCUCUAUCCGAUUCAAAAGUACAAAGAACUCCUUAGUAAGGAGGCUGAAAUGAAUGAAAUGGAAGAAGAGGAGGAAUAUACUACUGAAUAUGUUGAAGGCUAUGAAGAACUCGAAGAAGAGGAAGAUAUGGAAGAUUUUGGUGGUCGUGCUAUGAUAAAUGACGAUGCUGACAUGGAUGAUGAUGAUGAUGAAGACGAUGAAGAGACUGUCUAUAUUAACCGUAAGAGAGAUAGGAAGAGUUCUGCAAGAAAGCUGGAGAAAGAAGAACCAAACUCCAAAUCCAAGAAGAAAGUCAGAGUACACGUUGAGGUCGAGCAUGAAGAUGCACCUGAAAGACAAAGGGCUGUGCUUUAAAGACGUUCACUUUAUAAUGUACGCGUACUGUCUAUUUAAGUUCAUCAAAUAUAUAUUAUUUGUUGACAAAAAAAGAGUUACUAAUCUUCUCAAUUGGACAUUAGAAUCCGCAGUGACGAGACCAUUGGCGCCCUAGUAAAACUAGCAUGAUACUUUUAGCACUCGAUUUCUUGAUUUUAUUUUGUUUCCCCGAAUUUUGUUCUUUAGUAAUUAUUAUCUGAAUUUUGAUAUACCAUUUUAUGAAUUUUGUUGUUUUGUAUGAGAAUUUGAGAAGGAUCUCUGGACGGGGAUACGGGCUAGUGUAAUUUUAUUUUAUUUUCGUUUCGAAAUUCAUCGUUGUGUUUGUAGCAUUUUUUGCCGUGCGAGAUAUUAAAACCAGACUGUUGAACGAAGGUAAAAAAACAAAGACGGUGCUGAUUAUCUGUAUUUAAGUUGUUUUUAUGUUUGAAAUUUAUUCCUUGUAUC